AUGGUUUCCCGGGUUCUUUCAUUUAUCUCUGGCCGCUACGACGCUUUGUUCGCUGCUGGCAUAGCACUCGGGUCUGGAUUUGAACUUUUCAAGAUUCAUUUUGAAGUAGCCGGUGUCAGUUUUUAUAAAUCAUUCAAAAAUAAGCAAUUGGCCAAAGAAUUGGAGGCCUUUGAGCAAACGUUGCAGAAUCAUGACAAAAUCAUCAGUGAAUAUGCAGGCAAAAAUGAUGCU